AUGACGCCGACGACGCGCCCUCGCUCGACCCACAGCUAUUUGCAGGCAUGGGAGCGCCAAAUGCACGGCAUUGCUCUCGAGCGCGCCUUGCUGGAAGCCCCGAUAGCGUCGGCUUCCGCUCGCCUCUGGUCGGCGCAAGUCCGCGCGGAAGCGGCCCAGCUCAUGCUCGACACUGAAGUCGCCUUGGCGCACCAAGAGCACUAUGCAGCGCUUCGCAAAGCCAAGCGCAUCGCCCGACGUCGGUCGCAAUACGAUUGAAAGACUCUUAUUUGGAUGUAUGUCUUACCUAAUCACUGGAUGGUCGACGGUGAAAACGAAACGUUUGUGGCGCUUCGCUGCCC